CAAAGCCGCCAUGGCUGCUGUAGAGUCCGCGGAAGUCUCGCCGUUGAUGCUUCACUUGGCUCGGGCGGGUUGUCUUGCCGAUCUCAAUGUCAAUCCACAUUUGGCUUGAGAUAAGAUGCAACCUGUAUGACACAACUCAAUAAUCAAUGAAAGCGCCUACGGAAUUCUUGUUUCUUUUGUUUUCGUUGAGCAUUUUUGGUGGUGUGUGCUCUACAAAUGAAGAGAGGACUUCACAUUACAAUCGAAGAUUACAUGCCAUGAGAUCCCAGGAGAUAGAGACUGAUUUCGAAAGCAACGAUUGGGCUUUCAAUUUGAGCACUAGACGCAAUUUACUGUCUACUGGGGCAUAUGUCGACAUCGGAAUGCACAACCUCAGUAGCGAUGAGAUUCUAUUAUACGGAAAUCCCUUUUCAACGUUAACCAUCAAUGAAGGCGAUGUGUACGGAUUCGGAUCAAAUAACUUUGGUCAACUUGGUACAGGUUCCCUCAACAAUACGGUCAUUCCAAUGAUCGUCCCGGUACUGAGGAAUCAAAACAUGAGCGCGGUUGCAGCAGGCGAAGAGUUUUCCGUUUCAUCCUCUCUAAAAGGAAGAUUGUGGUCUUGGGGUAGAAAUUACCGGGGGCAAUUGGGAUUGACUGAUGCAGGAAUCAAUCUAUGCACCUAUCCGCCUUGCUCCGUCGAGAAAUCUGUGAAACUUACCAAUCACCAUACGCUUGCUCUCUCGCGGAGUGGAAUUUUGUUUGCUUGGGGAAUCAAUCAUAUGGGACAACUUGGCACAGGGGACACAGCGGAUAGAUUCCAGCCUACCCCAACAAAAAACUCAAAGGAUCUUUUAUUCUUCCAAGUUUCUGCUGGGGGAGAACAUAGCAUGGCCGUUACGUCCUUGGGAAAAGUAUAUGUCUGGGGUUCUGGCUCAUCUGGACAACUUGGUCAGGACUCUUUGGAUAUCGGUCCCAAUUCUGUUGAGCCGAGGAGAUCGCUGGAAGCUAUUCUCGUGCCAGGACUGAAGGACCAGUUCAUUGUACAGGUCGCUGCUGGUUGGUUGCACAGCAUUGCUCUUUCAAAGGACGGUGAAAUCUGGAUCUGGGGCGGAAAUAGGCAUGGACAACUUGGGCUUGGUGACAAGUUGAAUCGGUUUGCUCCUGUAAAGCUGCAAGGAAAGGAAUUCCAAAUGCUGGGGCCUGUCAUCUCGAUAGCGGCAGGGCAUGGGCAUUCUCUGUUUUUGAACUCUUCUGGACAUGUAUUUAGCUCUGGUCGUAAUGACGCAGGUCAGCUCGGUGUUGGCAAUUCGAUCGACAGAUCUUCAAUCUCAUUCGUCCCGAUUCCAAAUCGUAUAUGGUGUGAUACCCCUUUUGGAUCAGAAGUCUCACCCAGUUUUGCCGACUAUGUUUGCGUUGGAAGUAAGGUUCGAACUCCC